AUGGCGGUGGCGGAAGAGCGACGCGACGGUAGCGUCGACGGUCGGCACGGCGACGCGUCCCUGCAGCCGGCGACGACGCCGGAGAGCGGGGACUACCGCAGCCCUACCGCGCAUGCAGCGGCGACCCAUCGCGGAUGGAAUGAGUUGGCGCGCGAGAAGGCAGAGCGGGAGGAGAAGCCGGCGGCGCAGCGGGCCAGCGCUGAGCGCGGCGCGUGGGCGAUCGUGCAGCACGUUCACGCCGAUAAGGCACGCUCGCCGUCACGCGGCGUGAGCGUGCCGACAGCGCUUCACGCCGCCGCGCGUGAUCGUGCCCGCCGCUGCGAACACGCGCGUCUCCGCGCGCGCCAGCAGACGACGACGGGCACGCCCACCGCCGCUCGCGCCAAACCGGAAACGGUCCGCAGCCGACGUGCGUCGCCGAAGAUCGCGUCGACUGCGCGCGGUAUGCGUGUGCGAGGAGUCGGCGGGACGGCAGCGCCGCCACCGGCGAACCCCCACGAAGAGCGUCGCGCCGAGACCGGCACGCCCGCCGGGAAGCGAGAAGCGAUUUCCGCGCGUCCGCAUCGCUGCAAGAUGGCGGGGAGCGCCGCUGGACUUCGCGCGAAGCGACGUCAAGCGGGCGCGAUCGUGGCGUCCUCGCGAGGAACCGAAUCGCUGGCGAAGACGGCCGAAGUGUCCGUCGCCCCUGACGACGCGCCGGCGCACGAGUGCAUCUACAAGCAAAUGCUGCGAGAGAGCAAAUACAGCAGCGGCGCUGGCAGUCACUCGAAGAUCGCAAACGACGUCGACCCGAAGGCGCCCUCUAGCGGCAGUCGCUCGCGCAAGCGCCGGUCGCGGCAGUGCACAAAGCCCAAGCUACCCGAACCCGCUCCAGAAAUCUCUGCGACUGCAGAACGCGCGACACCGCACGGGGUGGCGUCGUCUUCGGCGGCUGCACCCGAGCCGACGCCGAUGAAAAACGAGCCGACGCCGAGGAAAAACGAGCCGACGCCGAGGAAACACGAGCCGUCGCCGAGGAAGCUCGAGCCGUCGCCGAGGAAACCCGAGCCGACAACGCUUCGGUCACCCCGCCGACGAGACGCGGGAAACAAACCUACACACACGACGACGGCAGUGGGAAGUUUGCUUGUCGACGCCGUAUCGCUGCCAUUAACAGCAGAGCGAGUACGACUCGACCUACUCUGCAACGCAGAGAUGGGCUCGAGGCCAUGCAGAGGUAAACGCGUCAACGCAAUUGAGAAGCCAGCGAAGAAGAAAACCAGAGGGACUCCAAACAAGCACUUAUCGAGAAAGGAACCGUUCGCAUCCAUGCCAGAUGCGUCCUGA